GCGCCGGGAAGGGAGCUGGAUGUUUUAUCCGCGGGGCUCACGCUGCGGGCCCUUCGUGUUCCGGACGCUAAACACCGAGAGCACCCCGGGCCCCCGAGCCUCCGGAGAACGCUGUCCCAUGAACGCGCGAGGAGCGGCCCCCGGCGUCCGCGCGUCCCCGCAUCCCCAGCAACUCCCGGCGUCCCAACGGCUUCCCGCUGGCAGCCCCGAAGCCGCACCAUGUUCCGCCUCUGGUUGCUGCUGGCCGAGCUCUGCGGCCUCCUGGCGUCAAGACCCGGAACAAAUAUCCUAUAUUAUUCCAAUAGAUGAGAAACUGUACACUGUGCACCUUAAACAAAGAUAUUUUUUAGCAGAUAAUUUUAUGAUUUAUUUGUACAAUCAAGGAUCCAUGAAUGCUCAUUCUUCAGAUAUUCAGACUCAAUGCUACUAUCAAGGAAAUAUUGAAGGAUAUCCAGAUUCCAUGGUCACACUCAGCACGUGCUCUGGGCUGAGAGGAAUACUGCAAUUUGAAAAUGUUUCUUAUGGAAUUGAGCCUCUGGAAUCUGCAGUUGAAUUUCAGCAUGUUCUUUACAAAUUAAAGAAUGAAGACAAUGAUACUGCAAUUUUUAUUGACAGAAGCCUGGAAGAACAACCAAUGGAUGACAACAUUUUUAUAAGUGAAAAAUCAGAACCAGCUGUUCCAGAUUUAUUUCCUCUUUAUCUAGAAAUGCAUAUUGUGGUGGACAAAACUUUGAUGUUCACCCAGUUUAAAGUUACUAUUGUGCUGUCAUCAUUGGAGUUAUGGUCAGAUGAAAAUAAGAUUUCUACAGUUGGUGAGGCAGAUGAAUUAUUGCAAAAAUUUUUAGAAUGGAAACAGUCUUAUCUUAACCUAAGGCCUCAUGAUAUUGCAUAUCUACUAAUUUAUACAGAUUAUCCUGAUUAUUUGGGAGCAGUGUUUCCUGGAACAAUGUGUACUACUCGUUAUUCUGCAGGAGUUGCAUGGUACCCCAAGGAGAUAACUCUGGAGGCAUUUUCAGUUAUUGUCACCCAGAUGCUGGCACUCAGUCUGGGAAUAUCAUAUGAUGACCCAAAGAAAUGUCAGUGUUCAGAAUCCACCUGUAUAAUGAAUCCAGAAGCUACGCAAUCCAAUGGUGUGAAGACUUUUAGCAGUUGCAGUUUGAGGAGCUUUCAAAAUUUCAUUUCAAAUGUGGGUGUCAAAUGUCUUCAGAAUAAGCCACAAAUGCAAAAAAAAUCUCCGAAACCAGUCUGUGGCAACGGCAGAUUGGAGGGAAGUGAAAUCUGUGAUUGUGGUACUGAGGCUCAAUGUGGACCUGCAAGCUGUUGUGAUUUUCGAACUUGUGUACUGAAAGAUGGAGCAAAAUGUUACAAAGGACUGUGCUGCAAAGACUGUCAAAUUUUACAAUCAGGCGUUGAAUGUAGGCCGAAAGCACAUCCUGAAUGUGACAUCGCUGAAAAUUGUAAUGGAAGCUCACCAGAAUGUGGUCCUGACAUAACUUUAAUCAAUGGACUUUCAUGCAAAAAUAAUAAGUUUAUUUGUUAUGACGGAGACUGCCAUGAUCUCGAUGCACGUUGUGAGAGUGUAUUUGGAAAAGGUUCAAGAAAUGCUCCAUUUGCCUGCUAUGAGGAAAUACAAUCUCAAUCAGACAGAUUUGGGAACUGUGGUAGGGAUAGAAAUAACAAAUAUGUGUUCUGUGGAUGGAGGAAUCUUAUAUGUGGAAGAUUAGUUUGUACCUACCCUACUCGAAAGCCUUUCUAUCAAGAAAAUGGUGAUGUGAUUUAUGCUUUCGUACGAGAUUCUGUAUGCAUAACUGUAGACUACAAAUUGCCUCGAACAGUUCCAGAUCCACUGGCUGUCAAAAAUGGCUCUCAGUGUGAUACUGGGAGGGUUUGUGUAAAUCGUGAAUGUGUAGAAUCAAGGAUAAUUAAGGCUUCAGCACAUCUUUGUUCACAACAGUGUUCUGGACAUGGAGUGUGUGAUUCCAGAAACAAGUGCCAUUGUUCGCCAGGCUAUAAGCCUCCAAACUGCCAAACACGUUCCAAAGGAUUUUCCAUAUUCCCGGAGGAAGAUAUGGGGAAGUAUCUGUCUCUUUAAAUAUCCAUUUAAUAAAAUUCUCAAAUUGCUUAUCUUCACUAAAACAAAGUUCGAUUUUGCCACUUACAAGACAACUGAUAUUUGUAAUGAAAAGGUAAUCAGAAUUCUCUCAAGGAAUGGAAACCAAACAUGCCAUCUUAAUCUUGCUCUCUUUUCUUUAUGAUUAACUAAUCAAUUAAUUUUUUUUAUUUCAAUAGGUUUUUGAGGAACAGGUGGAUUUUGGUAACAUGGAUAAGUUCUUUAGUGGUGAUUUCUGAGAUUUUGGUGCAGCCAUCACCUGAGCAGUGUAUACUGUACCCAUAAUGUGUAGUCUUUUAUACCUCACCUACUCCAUCCUUCCCCUCAAUACCCCAAAGUCCAUUGUAUCAUUCUUAUGCCUUUGUGUCCUCAUAGCUUAGCUCCCACUUAUGAGUGAGAACAUAUGAUAUUUGGUUUUCCAUUCUCCAAGUGAAGAGUUACUUCACUCAGAAUAAUGGUCUCAAACUCCAUCCAGGUUGCUGCAAAUGCUA